AUGGGCACGCAUAACAUUCUCACUCCAGAGCUUAUCUCUCAUCAUUCUUCGCAUAUUUUCAUAAUAUCACUACUCAACAAAUUUACCAACACCGGCCUUGAUGCGAUGCCAAAACCAUUCACUAUAUCUAGCGACUCCAAUCCACCCCCUUACGAGCAACCCAAAAGUGAACGUGUAAGCCUACCAUCAACACCUCAAUACACCAAAGCAUCCGUCAUGACCAUGUGGCCCUCCCACGACCUGCCCAAGGAGGGAACCAAGGGAAAUCGGUUCAACCGUGAAGUGCAGCGUUUUUCUGUACGGUUAGACCUUUGCCUUAAGUUAUUGGCUUUCGUUAUCACUCUUGUCGCCCUCAUCUUAUCGCAUAGGCCCCGAAAUACAAGCAUGGCAGAAUGUUCCACCAGUUCCACGGCUAGCAUACACGAGCUGCGCGAGCACUAUUUAAACAUGCAGGGCAUCUAUAAUGAGCCUCUUGAGCUCAACAACUAUGUGAGAGCUAUCAGAGCUAUCGUUGAAAAGGACCACUUGGAAAUCGAACGCAUCGACAAGAGGCUUGAUAAUUUCACUACCUUCAGGUCUCAUGGCGUUCUCGAUCAUCCGUUGAGCGCCUGGAUAUACAUGAGCAAUCAGCCAACAUCAUCAGAGGAGGGUCCGAAGCUAACAAGAAGUUACUUUUCAUAG